UCUAGUCUGCGCAUGCCCGGACUGUGAAGCGACUUCCCGCGACGGUUAAGGAGCAGUGGUUGCGGAGGGGCAGCGAACGAGAUGCUGGUGUUGAUGCUGGUGGCGACGGCGACCUUGCGGCUCUGCCCGCUGGCCCGAGCUCAGCCGCUGUGCCGUAUUCACACGGUGAGAACCGGAAAGAUGUUUCAAGUUGGACAGCAAACUCAAGGGGACCACCUGUAUUUUUCACCUGCUGCAACACGUUUGAUUAAACACCCUUGCAAGAAAAGCAUAGCCCUGUAUCUAGGAAAACAACUUUUUUUCACGAGAAAUAACUUUGAGAGUAGUCUCCUUCCAUUUUCCAUCCCCACUUCAAUGCAGGUUGGCAUACCAGAAGUAACAUCAGCACAUUUUGCCGGUUCAGUAUUGCUGUUAGUAGUGAAUCGAAAAGUCUAUAUUUAUGAUUAUGAAGCCGGUACCUGGAAUGCAUCUAUGGGUAUAAAACACCCUGUCUCACAUAUUUCUGGUGACAACUGUUGCUAUAGUGAACAUCACUUUUGCUUGGAUAUAAGUAAUUCCGUUUUUGCUUAUUUGCAUGGAGAUCAGACAUCUCAGACCAACAUCUAUUUCUCAAAUACCCAAGGAUACAGAUUUCAGAAGUAUGCCCAUGAAAGACAGGCAGAACUAGUCGGGUCUUUAGGUGGGAUCUUCUACUUUCACUCCUUGUCACAGGUCGGGCUGCUUCUCAUUGAUCAAGGGAAGGCCAAGUUCGGGUACUCAGACCACCCCCUGAACCACAGUUUUGGGCUGCCGUUUGACUACAAUGGGACCCUUGACAUCCUCAUCACCCCGGGCCAGAAAGGCAUUCUCAUCUUCUGGUUUGAGAAGAGCCUGUUAGUCUCCCGAAGUGCAGGUCAGCUCGUCGACCCCAUCCCUGUGCGAGAAGGACACCGCAUCUUGUAUUCUUCCAUUUUUGAAGCCAGUAUCACCAUCCACAGUGUGGCUGCCACUGAAAACGAACUGGCAGUUUUAACUCGGGAGAAUAACUUGUAUUAUGGCAGCCUGGGAAUCCUGACAAGUUUCCUAAUCAAAUUUGCAGACCAAAACAUCUGGUCCCAGGAGGCAGCCCUGAUGUUCACUGACCUGGGGAUGCUCGAAAUCCUGACUCCACUUCCCGAUUCGGUUUUUCCAGCUUUUGAUUUCCAGAAGUGCCCCGUGAAUAUCCAGGCAAUUCUCAUGGAGCCCCAACUCCAAGUUGACUUCUGCAAAGUAGAACUUCUGCAAGGAGAAUUUGAAAACAAAAUGUUUAUCAUUGAUAUGAACAGUGAAUUGGAGUUGACCGCCCUGAUGAUACCCAGGCCAGGCACGUCACCAGUCCCACUCGCAAUGGUGAGCAACCCCCACUCUCUGGGGCUGCAGGCCAUCAUCUACGAGGACGGCUACACGUACGAUGGGAACAUGAAGCACAGGCUGAACAUUUCCCUGAGGCAGCAGCACCACUGGGGCAGGGCUGACCCCAACUUUACCUCCAGCAUAAAGAGACCCACAAUAUCUACAAUCACUCUGGACAUAGCCAAUAAGGAAAUUUCAUGCGUGGACCUCAAGCCACUGACGGCGCUCAUUUCAGUUGGUUGUGACCUAGAGAAGAAGAUCGUCAUUCAGAAUGAAAUCUCAGCCUGUUACAAAGGCAUCCUCGAUCCCGUGGCCCUUCAGGACAAUUACAGCUAUGUCAUUGAGAAGGAAGCCUAUGACCCCAAUUUUCGGGGGCAAAGGGCUACCAAGGACCUGGUGGUGUAUUACCCUUACGAGAAACUGGGCUGUCCCCUUCUCGCCUACUACGACACCCCGUGGAAGCCGGUAGUGGAACUGUGGCGGGAAGGAAAGUUUCAGGAGGUUAUCGAGGCGGAGUAUGUCUUGCUGGAGGUGAACGGGCUGUUCACAUACACGUACGCCCUGACGGCCCGCACUGCACUCUGCACUUCCCAGCCACAGAACUGGACCACCAUCAUAGAGAACGCCGGCGACAAGGGGCCCUUUGCCUGGGACCGAGAGAACUACGUCAGCUGCCAUGACCCCAACAACGAUGCUCCCUUGAAUUGGCCAGAUGUCCCAUAUCAGAUAUUGGGAGGCCCAACAGAGAACAAGGUUGCUUUCAAGCAAAGGAACGGAAUCUAUGUCUUCUUCAUUUCUAUCGUGGACCCAUACUACAGCUACUGUCACCUGCAGACCACGUUCAGUGUCUACGUGUACGGGGCCUUCCCACUGCCCGUCAGGCAGUGGGAGAUCACCAAGUUCCUGCUGAUGGUAGCCAUCCUGCUGUCUGUGUGGCUGGCCUACAUUAUCCCCAAAAUGCUGCACACAGAGCAGGGCCACAGGUUCAAGGGGUUCUGGUUCAGUCUGUGCAGGAGGUGCAGAAAGGUCUGUGCGUGCUUCCGAUGCAGGCGCUGAGCACACACUGGAGAGGCCCAAAGUUGUCUUAAAAUAAAGUGUAUGUGAAACAAGCGGGUGGCCGUGUGCUUCCCUCGUGGGCUAGGCCUCCCUCAACAUGCUGGUGUCAGAGGCCCUCUGAAUGACAGCACCCCCACUGGCUGUAACAGAAAGGGGCGGCCCAAGCACUACUUCAUAGGAGAUGGUGACACAGACCAGCAGAGGCACACAGUGGAGUGACAGGCAGUCCUUGGAAAAGGGUAAGACAGUGACGUGUGUUGUUAGAGAAGGUAGA